AAUCACCGCAUGCCUCUACCGGAAGUCACCUGGAAUGUAGAUUUAAGAGUCGUAAGAAAGGUAUCUUUGAUCAUAAAUGUAGUAGUUUAAAGUUUAAACUAAUUAACGUAACGGACGGAUGUAUUGAUGUUGAUGUCAUUAUUUUAAAGACUCGCUGAGGCUCACAGCUGGCAUCACGGAACAGGGAAGAGGUUUGCUAGCAGGUUAGUUAGCCACUGAGCUAAGUUAGCUCAGCUAACUUUUCUGCAGUGAAGGUUUGUUAGUUAGCACAGAUGUCUGAAGAAAAGGCGUCUCUUCCGCUGGUUCGCUCUCUGAACAGUGAUAUUCCAGUCAGUGCUCUGUUUUGUAACCGCAGCACUCGUGUUGUGCGGCCAGUUUGGAUAAAUUAUCGCGGUAUGCCUCAACCUUACCCAGAUYUACAGCCAGGCUCAGCACGAAGAAUGAACACCUUUGUAGGUCACCUAUGGAUGUUCAGAGAUGCGGCUACAGACGAGCCUUUGAGGGUGAACAACAAAGAGCUGUUUGUUCCCAAACCAACAGACACACAAGGCGUGAUGCUCAAUAUUACUUUACCAGUUGACAGUCUUAAGACUCGAGCCCUGUAUGUUGUCCGGCGGCUGGUUCGACCUGAGGACUACAGGAAGCUGGAAAUCAUACACACUCUCUACGAGGAGCUGGAAGAUCAGCCCAGCUGUUUGAAAGACCUCCGGCGCGUGAACCAGCAAGUAGAGCAGCAUCUGCUGGAAAGGAUCGAAGCCAGGGAUGAGUGAAGAGUCAAACCGGAUGUGUGUUCGUUAUAGUGGGGCAAGGACACUGAAUUUCUUACUCAUAAACAGCAAAGACUUCUAAAACGAUGCAUAAUAUUGGAGAUGUUUGUCUUUGUCACUGUUCUUCAUUUUUUGUAAAGAAGACACUUUAAUUGUUCCAUUCAGUCAGCAGCUUUAGCAAACAUCUUCCUUACCAGAAAGAAAAAGUUAUUUUGAGAGUUUGUGCCCAGUUUAAUGUCACAAAACAGAUAAAGAAUGUACAAUUUUAAAUUCUGAGUUAAGUACAGCAGCUGUAGAGCGCUACAUGCUACAGCUGGGAUUUAUCUCACCAUCCUAUAUGAGAAAAUGUUUCUUUUGGUUUGGGGACAAAAAAUAAUAAAAAUUAUUUUAAAAAGAGGCUGUGAAACACUGUGACAAAAGAGCUGAAGCAUUUACUGUUGCCCAGUUAAUAUAUUUAUUUACUUGUGUUCAUUUGUUACCUACACAAUUUACACAGUGAUGCUGUAUGAAAUGCUUCCUUCACUUAUUUUGUAUGAUAAAUAAACAACAUAUAUUUCCAGUGUA